AUGUCUUAUCCUCUCACACAAAUAGGAGGCAGAGCCUUCAACCACGCCCAAUCCUCCUCCGCAGAAGCCGAAUACGACCGCCUGCGCGCCCUCGCGCGCACCGAGAACGGCAAGAAGCAAUCCUGCUUCGACCGCGCCCACCAAGCCUACCAGCGCGGCGACGGCGCAGAAGCGCACGAGCUAUCCGAGGAGGGCAAGAGGCAUGCGCGGCUGGCGGACCAGUAUAACAAGCAAGCGAGCGAUUAUAUCUUCCGGGAGAACAAUGCGGUGGGAAGGGUGGAUGGGGACACGAUUGAUCUGCAUGGGCAGUUUGUCGAGGAGGCCGAGGAUAUACUGGAGCAGAGGAUUCGAUAUGCGCAAUCUACGGGACAGACGCAUUUGCAUGUAAUUGUGGGGAAGGGGAACCACAGCUACAACCACGUCCAAAAGCUCAAACCGCGCGUCGAGCAAGUGUGCCGCGAGCUAGGCUUGCAAUACGCGACAGAGGAGAAUGCGGGGCGUAUAUACGUAAACCUCCAGGGAGGUCCAGCGCACAUGCCGAACGCGCAGUACGGCAGCGGCUACCAGCACGGCGGCGAAGGAGGAUAUCCGGGGCAGCAGCAGUACCACGGACAGCAACAUCACGGACAGCAGCAACACGGUGGACAGCAACAUGGCGGACAGCCUCAUGGCGGUCAUCAGCAGCAACAUGGCCAGAACGACGAGAUUGAGCAGGUUGUCAAGAAGGUCUUGCCGAGGUUGCUGAAGAGGCUAGGUUGCUGCACGGUGAUGUGA